GUAAACAAAGUGGAAGCGUGGGUGAAGAGAGAGAUGUCCAGGAACGACCCGUCGCACGACUGGUGGCACGUCCACAGGGUCAGGGUGUUGGCGUUGACGCUCGCGAGAGAGGAAGGGGUCACCGAGGACGUCGCGUUGGAGAUCGUCGAAGUCGCCGCGUUGCUUCACGACGUGAGGGACUACAAGUACAGCGGGUCCGAAAACGCCGGCGCCCUGGCCGUUAGAUCGUGGCUUCAAGCGAACUCGAUGCGAUACUCGCUGUGGGAGGACGUGAACUGGUACGUCGACGCGAUCGUGCUGAUCGAGAAGCACGGCGCGUACGCCAGAAGCGCGAGCCUGCGCGUGUUGUGCGGCUGCGUGCAAGACGCGGACCGGUUAGACGCGAUGGGCGCGAUCGGCAUCGCUCGGACGUUUUCCUACGGCGGCGCGCGCGGGUCGCCGAUGCACGACCCGGGGAUUUCGCCGCGCGAGGGCGACGACCUGACGCGCGAGAGGUACGUCGCGGACGCCGCGCACGGCGGCCAGGGGGGCUCUUCGAAAGGGUUUAAAGCCGGGGCGGGAGCUGGCGCGCGCGUCAACACGACGAUCAAUCACUUCCACGAGAAGCUCUUGAAGCUCGCGGGGAUGAUGAAGACGGCGAGCGGGUACCGAAGGGCGAUGGUGCGGCACGACACGAUGACGCGGUUCCUGGAGGAUUUCGAGUUCGAGUGGAACGGU